UCACUCUCCACUCCCCUCAACUUUCCCUCUCUUCUAAUUUCAUUCUCACACAACACUAAAAUAGACUAACACUUUUCUCCCUUCUCUCAAAAUUCUCAUUUCCUUGUACUCAAAAAACACUUAUACACACACAAUUCAAAAUAGAGAACCAUCAACAUGGCAACAUCAGCCACAACAGCAUCAAACACAUGGAUUAACACCAAACUUGCAUCAUCAUCAUACUCAUCUCCUUUCAAAGAUUUGAGCUUAAAUUCAAAUUCCAAUUCAAUCACCUUAAAUAAGAAAAAUUCCACCUCCAAAAACAGAAUCUCAUGCUCACUCCAAACAACACUCCCUUUCCCAAAACAAUACCAACCAAAACCAAAACCCAAACCCACAACAACAACAACAACCAUAAUCCCCACAAAGGAAACAAAACCAAAUCCACCACCUUCCGAAACAAAACCCAAACAACAACAAAAAAACCAAAAAUGGAACCUUUUCCAAAAAGCCGCAGCCACCGCCCUAGACUUCGUGGAAACAACCUUAAUAACACAAGAACGCAAACACCCACUUCCCAAAACCGCCGACCCACGUGUCCAAAUCUCCGGAAAUUUCGCACCAGUACCGGAACACCCGGUAACCCACUCCCUCCCAGUAACCGGCAAAAUCCCAAAAUGCAUUGACGGCGUCUACCUCCGUAACGGCGCAAACCCACAUUACGAACCGGUAGCCGGUCACCACUUUUUCGACGGAGACGGUAUGGUCCACGCUGUGAAAUUCACUAACGGCUCCGUUAGUUACUCUUGCCGCUUCACCGAAACCCACCGUUUGGCCCAAGAAAAAGCCUUGGGCCGUCCCGUUUUCCCCAAAGCCAUAGGCGAACUUCACGGUCAUUCAGGCAUAGCCCGUCUUAUGUUAUACUACGCCCGUUCCCUCUUCAAUCUCGUAGAUGGGUCCCACGGAAUGGGCGUUGCUAACGCCGGUUUAGUUUAUUUCAAUAACCGUCUGUUAGCUAUGUCUGAAGACGAUAUCCCUUAUCAAAUUCGCGUAACUCCUAACGGCGAUUUAACCACCGUUUGCCGUUACGAUUUCAAUAACCAACUUAAAUCAACAAUGAUCGCACACCCAAAAGUUGAUCCAAUUGAUAACAAUUUAUACGCAUUAAGCUACGACGUGAUUCAGAAGCCUUAUCUGAAAUACUUCCGUUUCGAUUCUAACGGCGUUAAAUCCCCUGACGUUGAAAUUCCCUUAGCAGAGCCAACUAUGAUGCAUGAUUUCGCUAUCACCGAGAAUUUCGUGGUUGUUCCUGAUCAACAAGUUGUCUUCAAAUUAGGCGAAAUGAUCCGCGGUGGCUCCCCCGUUGUUUAUAACAAAGAGAAAGUUUCUCGUUUCGGUGUUUUACCAAAGAAUGCUAAAGAUUCUUCUGAUAUGAAGUGGAUUGAUGCACCUGAUUGUUUCUGUUUUCAUCUAUGGAAUGCUUGGGAGGAAAAGGAGAAUGAUGAAGUUGUUGUCAUUGGUUCUUGUAUGACACCUGCAGAUUCCAUUUUCAAUGAAUGUGAGGAGAGUUUGAAGAGUGUUUUAUCUGAAAUCAGGUUGAAUUUGAAGACAGGGAAAUCCACACGAAGAGCUAUUAUUGAUGAAUCUCAACAUGUUAAUUUGGAAGCUGGGAUGGUAAACAAGAACAAACUGGGGAGAAAAACUCAGUUUGCUUAUCUUGCUCUUGCUGAAACGUGGCCUAAAGUUUCUGGGUUUGCCAAAGUUGAUCUUUUUAGUGGUCAAGUCAACAAAUAUCUUUAUGGGGAUCAAAGAUUUGGUGGUGAGCCUCUGUUUUUACCUACUUUGGAUUCCAAUUCUGGAAGGGAAGAUGAUGGUUAUAUUUUGACAUUUGUUCAUGAUGAGAAAGAAUGGAAAUCUGAGCUUCAAAUCGUCAAUGCUAUCACUUUGAAACUUGAAGCUUCUAUUAAGCUUCCUUCUCGUGUUCCUUAUGGCUUUCAUGGAACUUUCAUACAUUCAAAUGAUUUGAAGAAACAAGCAUAACUCUCUUUUGAGUUCAGUUCUACUUCUGAGAAGAGUGAUUUUACUGAGGGAUGGUUGCAGAUAUGUCCCCGGAAUCUACUCCUCUGAUGAUGUUUUACUGCAGCAGAUAUUAUUUUUUUCUGCAUUCUUUUUUCUUUUUUUUUUUUUUUGGAAAUUUCUGUUUUUUUCUUGGGACCAGCUUGUAGCUUUUGGCUGUAGGUAGAAAAUGAAGCUCAGCUGGUUCUGUGUUUUUUAUUUUCACUUGAUGUGAAUGAAAGUAUAAAAAAAAAUAUAAUGAUCACAGUAUAGAAUGUGAUAUUUUAGUAAGUUGUUACUAUCACACAGUUGAUGUAAACUUAUGUUUUUCAGCACAGUUUUGUGUUGUAAAUAUCAGAUAUGAUGUUUAUUUUGACUAUUUUCAA